AUGCUGCACUCCUAUUUGUUGCUCGUUUCUAUCCUCGUCCACGGCGCUGCUGCCUCAUGGUACGAAGCCGCGUCGAGGCUUGACGAUACGGUCCAGCCCUGGAACCGCAGCUGCCCCAAACGAGUCCGAGCCCAGGCGGAGCUCUUGCGUGGCGUCUGGCGCGACUCGAACGGCGAUCGCAUCUCGUUCGACUUGCGAAAGCGAAAUCUUGAGCGAGAUCUCGACUUUGUCGAACCGGCACCAGACUUCCUCGCUUUGCCCCCUCUGGGAGCCGCUGUUUCAUCGGCGAGCAGCGCUCGCAACUUCGCAGUCCGCCCGCGGGCCACGGGUGGACAGGGUACAGAUUACCUCGGUACCGUGCCGAUCAACUCGUCGGCGAGCGCUGCUGAUACGAUACAAGCAGAAGCGUCGAUCAUAAUCGAUGGACCACCCGCGAGUGUUCGAGGCAGCGGCAACUACCUCGAGGUCGACCCCUCAGGCACGGCGCUCACGCUCGAUGGCGAACCUUUCCGGCCAGUCGGACCCAGUGAGUUGAAGUACGUCCGGAAGGUCUCACCAGAAAUAUUACUGAAACUAUUUGUUUGGAACUUCCUUGGGCCCUGACUACCAGAUAUCUACUGUGCGCUUUCAUGAAGCGACUUUGUGUUUCACGUUGUGAAUCACGCUGCAAUCUUUUCCUUUUUACUGACAGUUCUCGACACCUUUUUCCUACCCAGGGCUCUGCAACGACGAGAGUCUCAGUUGUCUCCCGCGGGGUUACUAUACCGACAAGUCACGUAUUCGUGAGUACUCUGCGACCUUCCUGACUUGGUUAUUCUCUGCCGCUCGCCGUGGCUGAUUCGCCGCAUCGGCCAUUUAACGCUAAUCUCCUCAGGCGAGGCUCUCGCUGCUGCGGUUGCCAUGGGGGCCAACACUAUCCGCAUCAACUCGUGUGGGAUCAGUACUGGUUUCCCUCAAGCCGUCCAGCCUAGCUUGCACACGUAUGGCACAGACGAGCAACUUGACAUUCACGACUACGUCAUCUACGCCGCCGGCGAGUACGGACUCAAGGUCAUUCUCCCACUCACCGACAACUAUGACUACUACCAUGGCGGCAAGUACACGUUCCUGAGGUGGCUCAACGUCCCAACCGACAACGCCGGAGCGCAGUUUUUCACCGACAGGCAGGUGCGACGAGCCUUCAAGCGGUACAUCAAGUUCCGUAAGUGGUGUGAUCAUUUCCGGUUCUUUACCCGAAACCUAGAUUCUUCAUACUGAGAAUCGCGCUCUUGCCGCAAACAAAGUCUUGACCAGGGUCAAUCAAUACAACGGCCUCGCCUACGGAGAAGACCCCACCAUCGCCAUCAUCGAGGAUGGCAAUGAGUUCGGGGCUUACAUGGGCAAGGAAGGCUUUCCACCCCUGUCUUUCACUGAGGACAUCGCAAAGUACGUCAAGUCUCUGGCACCUCAAGCUUUGUUCAUGGAUGGCACGGACGGAUUCUACAAGUGAGUCAUACUCGGGUUCGAUAUCCGUGUUUAAAGAUUGCUCUCAAUUUACGCCCCAGCUUCCUUCGUCUCACUCCGCAGUUAUACCAGUGAGCUCUCCCUUCCCGCCGAACCAACUCUGCUGUCGCCCACUCAUUCUUUCAUUCUCCACUGCCACCAACAGCCAAGGCCGUCGCACCUGGUGUCACGUCCCCUUACGUCGACAUUGUCACCGACCACGCCUACCCUCGCAACAUUGCCCUCUUCAAGCGCCAAGUCGACAUCGCGCACAGCAAUGGCAAGGUCUUCCUCAUUGGCGAGAUGGAUUGGACUCCCAAUAAUGGUGGAGCAGAAUUUGGUGCCUACUUGAACUUGCUGUACAACUAUCAGAGCGGUCAGUUGACGAGCGACAGUGAUGAGCCCCUGUGUUGGGCAAACGUCUCGAGCUGACUUCCUCGCGAGUUCGCAGUCGGCGUCAUGGCUUGGAGCUUGUUCACCCACGAUACCCCAUGCUCGUCGUAUGUCAUCCACGAUGACGCCUAUUCGAUUUACUAUCCCAACGGUGGGCAACACUUCGACCCUCAUCCUUCUGCGAUCUUCCGGCGCCGAAGAUUCUGAUCCAGUCAAUCAAUAUUCACCCCUACAGGUCCCAACACCUCGGCUGAGAGGUCCAACAUCCUCAAGCUCGUUCAGUUCUGGUAUCAAGUUACCGGUCGCGAUGCGCCCUCGUCGUUACCUCAGCAAACGUGCCCGCAGCCUCAAGUUUGAUCCCAAACCCUGUCUUAGUCCUCUCGUCUCAGAUUUCAUGACUGUCCGCCUCUUUCUUUACCCUUUCCAUUUCUUUGAGUCCUAUCUGGAUUGGACGACAGAUCCUCUUCCAGUAUAACAGCCUUGACCUCUUUCGAUACGGACUUCCCUUUUGUCAGACGCCAUGUUUUCCGAUCCCCUUAAAAUGGACGUUUUUUGAAGUAACUCGCAAUAAAGAUCACCCCUCCCCCCUGGUACAGAGCCACACGUUUGACCCGUUUCAAGUACAACGCUCGAAGUAUGGCAUCAAUGGCGAUAUUCGACAUGCUCGAACGAGAGAUGCAAGUGUUACCAUGCGAGCCCCUAAAUUCCUUGCGAGCUCGCCCUUUGUUCACGUCACCUCCUGCGCAGCAAUUGCUGCAAUUGGAAAGACUUUUUUCGAACACGAAACGCAGGAUCCGUUAG